AUGCUUCGUGAUCAGUGGGGUACACCGAAAUUGCUGGUUCCCGCGUCAAUUAAGCCUGGUUGCCCUGGCAAGGGGAAUACCGGCAUUCAUUAUACCCUCUCUGCUCAAAUUUCACUGCCGCUGCCACCUCGAGGUGUAAAUAAUGUCUUUACUCACCAUGCUUAUAAAACUUGCUUGCUGAAAGUCGUCCUUGCGACAAUUGUGGUGUACGAUUUCGUAACUAACCUAGGCGACGAGUGGGCCUCUCACCGAGCGUUGAGCGCUAUUAGUAUCGUAUUUGGGCUUUUUCUGUGGGAUGAUAUUACUAGUAGUGGCAUCCGGGCUACAAUCGAACAUAGCGAAUUGACUCUUGCAGUCGCACCAGGUUGUUACUCCGAUACUUCGGUUUCGGGCGAUUUCAUUCUCGCACCCUAUAUCUUUUUGUUACUCCUUGAAAUCGAGAUUGUUGGUCUCACCUUGUACAGAAUGAUCAGACACUAUCGUGCUACACGCUGCCGGCUUUUAACAUUGCUGGCACAAUACAGCGUAGGCUAUAUCGUUACUGGGCUAUUAUUCACCAUAGUCAAUAUCGUUACGAACUGCAUUGUUCCGGGCGAUUAUGGCCCAACGCUUGAAGGGUCACAGAUCGUAGCACAGGGUCUUCUUGCAACUCGAAUGCAACUUGACCUAUGGAAGCUUAAUCGCCACUCACCGGCAGUGGCUCCUACAUCGAUCUCGACCGAGUACUCACAAACGGAUCUGGAAUUUGAGUUGUCACAAAGAGCAUCCAUCGUACCCAGUGGCACUGUACCAGUAAUCUAG